CUUUGGGCAGCUGCCAGCCGGACGGGAGGACUCCUCGGCGAGUGGUCGAGAGAGAGGUCGACGACGACCCCAGGAGCAAGCUGGUGUUGCGGCCUCCAACGGGACCAUGGCAACCGUUUCGCCGCUCAGUUCACCAGAGCUGCUCGAGGUAGAGGAGCCUCUGCCGUUUUCGGGUUUUGUUGCGCCUUAUCUGUUGCAGAUGCUGUACCUUGUCGCACCAGCCGACUACGAAUCAUUCGGCCUCUUCACGUGGGUUUCAGACGGCUCCAACCUAGGCGAA